ACGUCGCAAGCCAUCAAUGGCCGCUCCUCCUCCGCCAAACACGACACGGGCUCAGCAGAUGCAUGCAUGCAUACAUAUAUAUAUAUAUAUAUACACACACACACAUAAGCAGAACAAGGCACCAGCUGAGGGAAGAAGAAGAGUUCAAAGCUAAAAACUUGAAGCCAGACCGGAUCAAGUCCAGGAAAGAUGGGGCGCAGUGGAGAUGACGAAGGGGGCGAUGCUGCAUCGAAGACGGAGAGCAUACGGGUGCUCGCCAUGCAGUUCGCCUACGAUCCCCAGUCCCCGCUAUUCGCUGACUUCAACCUCACGGUCUCCCCCGGAUCUCGCUGCCUCCUCAUCGGCGCGAACGGCUCAGGCAAGACCACCUUGCUGAAGAUUUUGGCGGGUAAGCACAUGGUGGGAGGGCAGGACGUCGUGCAAGUACUGGGACGUUCGGUUUUUCAUGAUACUCAAUUGGUCUGCAGUGGUGACUUGGCAUACUUGGGAGGUUCUUGGAGUAAAACUGUCGGCUCCGCUGGCGAGAUUCCACUCCAGGGAGACUUCUCUGCUGAGCAUAUGAUUUUUGGAGUUGAGGGAGCUGAUCCAGCGAGGAGAGAAAAGUUGAUUGAGCUCCUUGACAUCGAUCUGCAAUGGCGAAUGCAUAAGGUUUCAGAUGGGCAACGCCGUCGUGUCCAGAUAUGCAUGGGCCUUCUGCAUCCUUUCAAGGUUCUUUUGUUGGAUGAGGUAACAGUUGAUCUCGAUGUUGUGACUCGAUUGGAUCUACUCGACUUCUUGAAGGAAGAGUGCGAGCAGAGAGGAUCUACGAUAGUGUACGCCACACACAUAUUCGACGGGCUGGAGGCAUGGGCUACUCAUCUUGUGUACAUCCAGGACGGUGAGUUGAAGAGGGCCGAGGAGUUAACCCUGAUCGAUGAGCUGAAGCGCUCGGGGAACCUCCACUCUACAGUCGAAUCUUGGUUGCGUUCGGAGACAAAAUCCGAGAAGAAGAAGAAGCAACCCACGCAAUCCCAGAGGACAUCCUCUUAUGGUUUCUCCCCUUUCGCCUCAUCCAGACAUAUGGCAUAUUACCGUUGAUCUUCGGCGACUACGUCGGAACCCGAAGGAAAAUGAUACUGAGUUCGAUUCUUUCGUAGAUUUUUCAAGCAAAAAGCAAUGCAAUAACCGCCCUCGAUGUAUCUUCUUGUCUUGUAGAUGAUGCUCCUCAAUCUGUAGCAUUGAAGAGGUUGCAUCUUCGUAUGUUUUCAGUAAAAAAAUAAUUCUAAAAUUGAGAAAUUUGAAAAUCAUUAAUCAAUGAUGAAAUGAAAAUUUUUUAAUAUUAUGGGACGGCCAGCAGAACAAUGUUGGGUCAGUUGACUGCAGCGGCACCUGAGAAUCUUCUUCUCAGUCUUACCCAUAUUUUUCUAAAUAAUAUUUAAUUAAUUAUUUAA